GGACGGUUGAUAACGGUGCCACAGCCAGCUACCUUUAUCGGAAUCAGUGGCUGUAGAAUUAGUGGCGCUAGCGGUUCUGACGGCCCCUAUGAAAUUGGCAGCGCUCAGCUCAAGUUGUUUUAAACACAAUUAACAAGUAUAUUGUGUUUUAAAUGUCAUUAUUGUCAUUAAUGUAAUUACUGAAAAUGUCAAAUACCAAAGAAUUUUUCCUUUCUGUCACACAACGUAUUUUCAGUAAUUGGACUGCAUUAAGAAUGGCAGUGGAACAUGGAAUGGGAUCAAAGGAAAGAGCAGUAGAUUUCUGUCCUUAUAUGACAGAGGUUAUGUACAUGAAUGAGAAUCUAAAUAGCACUGAAGUUGCUACCGAGUUAGAGGAUUAUAUGGAAGAAUAUUUUAAUACAGAGCUUCAAGAUGAUAGUGCAAUACAAAUUGCAGAAGAGUUAUUAAGAUUCCAUCGCUAUUGUAUUGAAAAUAAUGAAAACUUGGCAACAAUAGAGUUUGGUAAACUACCACCAUUGCAGUCAUGGCUUGUCACAAAUGAACCUGUGAAAAAGAUUCAUAGUUCCCAUAUUAUGGAAAAUGAUAGUUCUGAGAGUGAAACAGAAGCUUCUGGGGAUGUGAAGGUUGAAGAUGAAUGGGUAGAAGUAAGAACUAGGAGAAAAAGAUAACUGGGGCUGAAUAUUUAAAAUGAUAUUCUUUUAUUUUGUUUUUUUUUUUACAAAAGGAUAGAUUAACAAAGAAUGUAUAAACUACUGUUUUACAGUACAUGUGCAUUGGUCUUACAGUUGCAAUUUAUAUGGUAUAAUUUUGUAAUCAAAUACUUACCUAAACAGUCUUUUAUGUAUUGUCAAAUUUUACUUGGCAGUCCUGGUCCCUGAAUCUGUAAAAAAAAGCAAUUAUGUAAAACAAUAUUAAUAAACAUCUUUUUAGUA